UACGCUGCAUCAGUUGGUAUCAGAGCUCCAGUUUUCUUUCUAUGAAUGAGGAGGAGCAACCGUCUGGCAGACAUGAACAAGGUAUAUGUGCGCACGGAGGCAGUACGUAAGAAGCAACUGGUGAUUCGUUUGCGGCACAUGGAGGAGAGGUUUGGUGGUCUAACCGUGCGGAAUGAGGGGUGUGCGCGCACCCAACAUGGGGUCCCUACCGAUCACUCGGCCGACAUGGAUGGUCCAAGCGUUUGUCGUCGUCAACCAAAACUGAGAUACGCGGGGGCGGAAGACAAAUUUAUCGUCAAGGGUGAACCUGUCAAUCCUUAUGCGGGGCACGGAGUGCGGAAGGAAUUUCCAAUGACACAAGCUCAUGCUAUAUCACGGGACGCAGGCGUCAAUCUCGACAUCCGAAAAGAAAAAAUAGAAAAUUCCUACAAAAAAAAGGUGUCUAGGGAGAUGGCGGAGGUCAAGCAUCAAUCGGUGUCCCGAUACAUUGGUGGUACGUACCGACAAUUUCAAACUACAUGCACCAUUGGAGGCAAGGUGGCCAAGCUUGUCAUCGAUCCAAGGAGUGGUAUGAAUUUAGUCUCGGAGGAAGCAGUUCAGAAGCUAGGGCUUGAGAUUGAGAGACAUCCUACUCCCUAUCGGUUGGAAUGGCUCACGAAAGGAAACGAGCCCACUAAGUCACUCUGCAUCAGUUGGUAUCAGGGCUCAAUUACUUUCCAUGAAUGGGGAGGAGCAACUGCUUUACAGACAUGAACGAGAUGUACGUGCGUAUGGAGACAGCACGUAAGGAGCAACCGGCGAUUCGUUUAAGGCACAUGAGUGGUGGGCCGAACAAUUGUCGUCACCAACCAAGACUGCGAUUCGUAGAGGCGGAAGGCAAAUCUAUCGCUGAACCUUGGCAACACACGGAGGAUCAAUUCAGGGCUAUGAGGGAUCAAAUUGAAGACCUCACUACCCAAUUAUCCAACUUGUGUGGUCAACAUGGGAACGGAUCUAAAAGCCCAUUUGCGGAGCGCCGAACGCACGGACGUCAACACCUUGCGCAAGCUCAUGCCAAUCAGCGGGUAAGUAGAUUCAAACUCAAACUUCUGAAAUUCGACAAGGAUCUAGAACCCCGACAAAUAUCUAGAUUGGGUGUUGGCUGUUGAAGACGUUUUUGAAUUUAACGGGAUGUCUGAUGAGCAACAAGUCUCUUUGGUGGUACAUACAUUCCAGGGAAGAGUUGGUGCGUGGCGGCAACAACUGAAGAGAACCAGA